AUGUCUACAAUUCAACUUCCCCGCAGUUUCAGCAAUUCGCUAUGGACUGAUGACCUGCGUCUAGACAGCCUGUUCGAUUUGCUUUACAAGAACAUCCAAGAGAACACGCACCUUUCGCAAUAUUUCGAAGCUCAACUUAAAGCCGAAAGUGAUGCAAUCAAAGCGUUGAAAGCAAGACGCACUUUGGAAUCAGCGAAUGAUUUUACACUCGCAAUAAGCUUCAGUACCCUCAAUAGCAGCCUUGAAUUGGAGUGUAAGAAGAGCUACAGCGAUGAGCUCCAACAUAUUAUCAGCGUACUCAACAGAGAGACAGCAAAUCUACGCUCAAAGAUAAAGUCCAAAGAGUCUCUCGUUGAUAGCUACCUUAUUCCCCUUGAAAAGCUCAAUGAAUCAACUGCACAGCUUCACGCGGAUUACAAAACUCAAUUGAUUCAAUUCAAUGACUCUGGUAAUGAGCUGCAAGACUGCAUUGAGCAGCUUCCCUCCAUCAGCAUCAAGGUCCCACUCCUCGGUGAACGUCAUGAUUGCUUUUUGGGCAGAGACAUUUUCAACUGGUUCAGACUCAAAAUGAAGCUUAGCGAUGAGCAGACAUUAGAUCUCUGUACAAAUCUACCUAUCAGAAACGUAAAUACCCUUAAAAAUGCCUUUGAAAGCGCAUUCGAUCUUGAUAGUUACUACCAAUUUACUACCCAACAGCAGCAACUCAAGGGUGUUCUGGAUGAGACACUCUCUAGCUACAUGCAGUCGCGCACUCAACUACACAGACAGAGGAUGUAUGUAGAGGAAGUGAUUGAGGAUACGUUGAAGGCAUUGCAAGCACUUGAACACAGUCGUCUGGCGCUUACCAAACACGCGCUUGCAAGGUUUAACCAAUCGCAGAACAAAUACCUUAGUGGGAUACAAGAAGCUGUUAACGCUUCUGCAUUAGCGGUUCAGACAUUCAAUCCAUCGACUGAUUUGCAGGCUUUCAUCGAUCAGUAUAAAACAGGACCAUUCAGACCAUCUAUCUAUCAAUCACCUCUACCUACAACACUGAAAGACUCAAAUUUUACACUCUUCGGUCCUGAUCUCACCCACUUGAUUCCAUGUCCUGAUACCGUCACUCCAGGUCAGAGAUCAACACCACUUGCGCUCAAGCUGCUACUCAAAGCUCUUGAUAGAAAGUAUGCAGAUAUUAAAGAACCUGAGAAUGUGCGCAAGGUCUGGAUUCUUGAUAUCCCAUUAGUCACAUGUCACAAUGUCAGUUUGGCACUAAGUAACGUACCUAGUGUUAAAAUCAUUGGGGCAUUAGAAGGCGUUUUAAAUGACGUCCAUGCUCCCAUAAUUGCUGCUUGUGUUAGACUAUUCGCACUCGAACUCAACCCGCCACUUGGAGGUUUGCACACAUGGGAAGAUGCUAGGGCAGUAUAUCCAAAAUACAUCGAAAAGGGAUAUGAGAUUCCUGCACAAGAUGUACAAAAGGUGUUGGAGAGAGUGCCUCUCCUCAAUCUCACUACACUCUAUGAGAUCUGCAAUCACAUACAUAAUCUCUUCACCUCUACUUCGACUGGUUCAGAGAAUGAAGAUGACGUAUACUUGCAAAAGCUCUCGCUGUUACUUGUAAGAUCUAUUUUCAGACCACGCGUAGAGAGUGAUCUCACUAUUCAAGAAAGACAUAUGACCAAUUUACUCAUCGACUUAAUCAAGCGUCCAGAAGAUAUCCUUAACCCACUUAUUGAAAGGAAAAGUACGGAAUUAAGUCCAUCCAAGACAUUACAAAGGAGACGCACGAAGCCCAUCGAUGAGAGAGUGCUUAGGUCUACAUUCAACUCAUCAAUAUCAAGUGCGGGAAGUAGCAGACAUUUAACGCCUGAUGAAUUACUCGACCAGCUGGAAUUUGGUAGCACAGGUUUGAGGUCUCGUUCUACGUCUAUCGUCAACGACAGCAAACAAGCAUCGCCAACUUUAGAUGCUAGAGCACCGCCUGUAAAUGUUAAGGAGGCUGCGCAAGACAAACCAGUUGAUCAGCCUGGUGAUGCGCAAGUGCACGAACACGCCAAUCAAAACGACGAUGAUAUACUUGAUAUCAUUGAUGGUCAUGGUGACAACCGCACUUCGUACGCAUCUGCAGACUCCGAUAAGAAGGGUGACGAAGGAGACAAUAUUACUGGAGAAGAAACGACUGUGGAUACGGUGUCAUGGCAGGAAGAUGCACCUCGUGAGAAAGGCGAAGCCAGAAUAUCAUCAGUAGAAACAUAUACCUUUGUCGAACAUGAAGAUCCUCCUGCAAGAAAAUCACCAACACCACCACCUCCACAGCCACAAAAUGAAACCGUUUUAAACGAUGAAGAUGACGAUGCACCACCUGCUUUUGUGACUGCUGCAAUAGAGGCCGAUAGGCCGGUAGAUGAUGAAGAGGAAAAAGACAGCAAUACCUCGUCGUUCGCUAGUCACCCCAGUCGUGAAAACAGCAUCAAGACUAACAGCGCAAGAUCGUCACUGAACCGUGGUUCAAGAGUUAGGAAAAGCGCCUUGAAGAUGGCAAAUCCGUAA